AUGGGAUCAAAAACGUCGAAAGAAGACAAAGCCAUGUCACCAUUGAGCAGCUGGGGAGGUUCAUUUGACGAUCUCAUUUGUGGUGAUGGCAAAAUUUGUGGAGAUCGAUGGACGCCAAUUCCAAGCAGGGAAUCAUCUCCUAUCAUGGAAAAUUUUCAGCGAAGUAGAAGUGCCGCAUCAUUUAAACGAAUGACUACUGACUAUGAUGAUGACUUUGAAGUGAUAAGACAACAGCCUUUGCCUAUGGACCCGUACGAUCUGAGAACCCCAAUGGAAAUUAUGGACUUGGAUCGACCUCUUACUACUAACCGCCGUGACUACAUGCCGCAUAGCUACACCACUCCUGAUCUGCAGCCGGUUCCAUCUAAGAGAAGAAAGAAGAGGAAGAAACCAAAGACAGAAGCAAAUUGUAAGGAAACAUUUCCUAGUAGUCAGAUAUUGUUAACAAUUGCAGUUUUGUUACGAAUGAAAGCUCUAGAAGAAAUUCGUACAGAUUAUAGUAGCGUCAAAACGACAAGAGCGUUUCCCGUCACCCCAAUUCAGAUUUUCAUCGAAAACAGGAAAGCAGUGGAAAUUGAUCCUCGAAAUCCAAGCAGGACCAUUAUUCGUCUUGAUGGAACAUCAGCCAGGAAGCCAGUGCAAACAUUGAAUAACGUGAGUUCCUAUCGACAUCGAUCUAUUUCUGAGCCUCAAAACCGCAGACGCAUGGCUCCAAUCUCAUAUAAAGGACACUGGAAGAGAAAAAGUCUUCAUCGUAACCCAGUUGUUCUCACAAGGACCACUUCGAUGUUUGCUAGAUCGACGACAAAUUCGGAGAACACAAACACGACGUCGUUACGGAGCACACGCAGAGUUGUACCGCCACGUUAUCUACGUCCAUUUGCGAUCCCACCUCCUCAGCCAUUCCGGAUCCGUGCUCUUCCAGAUCAGCCUUAUCAUCGCAUCCGCACGGCUACCCAUCCGCAUUUAUAG